UGGGAUGCGGAACAGUGUCCAAGGGCAAUGGAGGAUCUCUCGAAGCUCAUUGAUAAUCAUGUUCUUAUUAGUUCGUCCUACUCUCCCAUCAUGCAAGACUAGAAGGUAGUAGAGGUACAAACAUGCAAGCUCACCUCAGAUUUGAGAAUGUGGCUAAAGGCAACGGAUUUCAAACAUAGAGUGGCGGGCUGGUGCAAUGGAUUUGUAAUCACGGGCAAACCAUCAUCCCAACUCGCAAAGAAGUUAAAAAUGCUAAAAGGGGCAUGCAUGUGUGGAAUAGGGAAGUUCUUGGGAGAGUAAGUGUGAAGAGAGCUUAUGAAUGAGUUGGGGGGAAGUUGAGAGGGGCGAAAUGAUGACGGGAAAAGAGAGGAAGAAGGAGGUGAAGAGAGGCCGGCUAUAGCUCAAGAGAGUAGUAGGAGAUAAAAAUCGAGGGCUUUAUGGUUGGAGGAGGGGGUUUUAAAUACAAAAUUCUUUCAUAUGGUAGCAGUAGCGAAUAAGAGGAGAAAUUUUGCCUAUGGAAGUGGAUAAGGGGGUAUAUUAGGGAGAUGAGGUAAGGGGCAAUAGUAGAAUUUAUAAACACUUGUACAAAGAGGAGGUGAAUUGGAGACCAAAGUUGCGAGGGCUAGUGUUCAAUCAAAUUGGUGAGGAUAAGGGAGUGGUCCCGGUCCAGGGGUUCACCCUGGCGUUCUUCCAACAAUGUUCGGAUACAGUCUAAGGAAUGAUUAUGCAAUGCUUGAAAGCGUAUCACCCUGCAUGUGUGGGGAUAGCUGACUCGUUUCUGACAAGUGAUAAACGUUGGAUAUGUGGAUGGCAUAAAUGCUUAGUUUGCCUGAGAAGUCCAAAUUAUCACUGUUAUUGUUGUGAUAGAGCUGUAUGCUCUCGGUGCAUUGGUCGAGUCGAGUUUGUCCUUCUUAAAGGGAAGUAUGGAUUCUGCAAUAACUGUUUAAAGCUCGCAUUGCUCGUGGAAGAAGACGUGAAUGUUGAUUCUGAUGGGGAACGUGUAGACCUCAGAGAUCGGGAAACAUACGAGGGCCUUUUCAGGGAGUAUUACGAGAUAGUAAAGGAAAAAGAAGGCUUUGACAAAAACAGUGUUCUUGCUGCUAAGGCUCAAUUAGACAAGGAAAAUAGUGGCCGAAUUAACUCUGAUUCUGAUGUACAACUCGCUUCGGAUGAAGAGGAUGAAUUUAGUGAAGAGGAUGAGCAACUCGCUUCGGAUGAUGGAGAUUUAAAUGACGGAGAACCUUUCAAGAAAGGACUUAAAAAGAAGAGAUGUACACAGCAAAAAACAAAGAUGCAAAGAAGAGUAAAGUCAAAGAAAAAUGAAUUUGUCGGAUGGGGAUCAAAAGCUCUAAUUGACUUUCUUCAGUUUGUUGGCCAAGAUACUAGAGAAAAAUUAACUCAAUAUGAUGUGACCUCGAUCAUAAGUAAAUAUGUAAAAGAACAUAACCUUAUCCAUCCAGUUAAAAAGAAAAGGAUCGUUUGUGACGUUUGGUUACAAGCUGUUUUUGGGAAGAAAGAGGUCAACAGACACAGAAUAUAUAGCCUCCUUGACAGUCACUUUGUUGAAAAUGAGGAGCGAUCGAAAAAGGAUGAGCUUGAAUAUGAUCUUGAAGACAAUGACACAGAAAAGUUGGUGGCUGAGAAAAAGGCUGAACAAAACAAGAUGUCCUCAGUUAAGUAUUCCACAGCAGCUCAAAGUCCAGCUGAACAAAACAAGAUGUUGUCAGUUAAGUAUUCAACCGCAGCUAAGAGUCCGUUUGCAGCCUUGAUUCCUGAAAAUAUCAAACUUGUUUACCUGAGGAGGAGCUUGGUGCUGGAGAUUAUCAAACAGCCUCAGCCAAUAGAAACAAAGAUUAUAGGAAGUUUUGUCCGGAUCAAGUUAGAUCCACGUGAUUACAGGCGGAGUAACUCUCAUCAGCUUGUGCAAAUUGCAGGGAUCAAGCGCGGAUCAAGCGAUGAGUGCAACAGCGAGAUUUCUCUUCAAGUUUCAAAUAUGUCCACAGAUGUUUGCUUGACCAUGCUUUCUGAUGAUGAGUUUUCUAAGGAAGAAUGUGAUGAUCUGAGAGAGAAGGUGAAAAAAGGCCUGCUUAAAAAGCCUACAAUUGUGGAGCUUGAACAGAAGGCUAAAAUCCUUCAUGAAGACAUCACAAAGCAUAGGAUUGCUCGAGAGCUGGAUUUGUUGAAGAAACUCAUUGACCGGGCAAAUGAGAAAGGAUGGAGAAAUGAACUUUUCCGGUAUUUUGAGAGAAAAAAACUCCUACAGCAACCUUCAUACCUGCCAUUUGUGCUACAGAACAUUCCCGGAGUGAUUCCUGAGGAAUUAGAGGUUGAAGCUUUGUCUAAGGACGAGAGCGAUGGUAAUCAGAUGAAGCAAUGCUCAGAUAAGACAACCCCUCCAAAGCAGAAUAUUCCGGGAGUGAUUCCUGAGGAAGUAGAGCUUGAAGCUCUGGCUAAGGACGAGAGCGAUGGUAAUCAGAUGCAGCAAUGCUCAGAUAAGACAACCCCUCCAAAGCAGAAUAUUCCGGGAGUGAUUCCUGAGGAAGUAGAGCUUGAAGCUCCGCAUAAGGACGAGAAGGAUGGCAGUCAGAUGCAGCAAUGCUCGGAUGAGACGACCAAAGUUGUCAUAUGCAAAGAGGAAGAUGGUGCAGCUCGUCAACCCUCUCCUUCAAAACUUCAGUAGCUCGUCAAAGAUGCAUCUAUCAGUUGCAGAUAUUACCUUGGUAUAUUAGUUGCUAGAAAGGUAAGUCAGUUCUAGCUUUGUUUUCUAUAUUAUAGCCAGUUAAACUUUUUCCAGACUGCUCUAGCUAUAAGAAAAGCCGGAUGAACUUGUUGUAAACUUUUUGUGCUUGAACUUUUGGGUCUUCCCUGUUGUGCACACUGAAAAGCGGGGGAAAAUUUUCAAGUAGCCAUAUUAAUGUGGAAAAUCAUCCAAGUGGUGAUAUGAAUGAACUCUAGAUUUGGCGUCCUAUCUCAGAAAAAAAGCAAACCAGUGUUGUGCAUAUUCUGCAGAUGGAAAACUGGAAAUAGUGUAUUAGAAUAGCCUCAUCAGUUACUGUGAAUGAUCUGAACAUGUCAAAACAUUCCCUCCAACAAUCUUUCAUCUCCAGCCAUUGAGAUCUUGCUCACUGUUUAUUAUUUCUGGAGUGAUGUCAAAAGUAUGUAUACUAAACAACUGCGGCCAAUUUAGUAAUGAAAAGGUAUGGACAGUUUGAUUAAAAUUCAA